AUGAGGGCGUCAUAUAUUUACGUUUUGUUACUAUCGGCAUUGAUUUCCUCUGAAACUGCUGAUCUAGAGAAAAUAUUAAGCCGUCUUGUAUCAUCUUCGUUUGAGCUUGUAGCAAAACCCAUCACUAAAUUAUUAGAAAAUGAAGUACCACCGGAUAUGAAAGCAAAUGUAGAAACAUUCUUGAAUGAAUUCUCGCAUAAAUUAAAGCGGCUUAUGGAACAAACCCAAGAGGAGUUAUUUAAUCAGAUACCAAAACCCCAGAGAGAAAAUACAAAAAAAGCGAUUGGAUACUUGUCAAUGUAUAUGUCGGGAGCAUUAUCAAAUGCAAUGAGAGUAGUAACAAAAGUAACGAACAAAUCUUUUGAUGAAUUACCGGAUAAUAUUAAAACCAAAUUACUUGACAUAGGAAAUGAUAUUGAUGACUUCUUAAAAAAAAUAAAGGUUGAUUUGAGUGAUACAAAAACAUCACAAAAAACAUCCGAACAGUAA